AUCCAUCCAGAAGGAACGGGAGACGGAGAGAGAGAGAGAGAGAGAGAGAGUGAAAGAGAGGUAGGAGGGCGAGGAAGGGAAGAAUUUAAACACACCUAAAAGACAAAAAAAAAAAAAAAAAGGCUGUCUGACACCGAAGGGACACAGCAAACUACUAAAAGACACACACAAAAGGACGUUACCGUUGGGGAGGACCUGAAGACACAAACGACCUUUUUUCGUUACACACACACACACACACACACACACACACACACACAGAAACGGCCACUUUUCCUGUCGUCUCUCGCGAGAAAACCUCAUCGAUUUUCAGCAGGUGAUGAUCUUGGAUUAUUGCUCUUUUUUUUCUUAACAAGGAUGCCUUUUGAAGUGAGCUCACCUGACCGAGCAAUGGCCCAAGAGACGAACCAGAGCCCGGUGCCCAUGCUUUGUGCCACAGGCUGCGGUUUCUAUGGCAACCCGAGAACCAAUGGGAUGUGCUCCGUAUGCUAUAAGGAACACCUGACACGGCAGCAGAGCAGCGACCGCAUGAGCCCCCUCAGCCCUAUGGGCUCAGCUGCUAGUCCUACCUCAGAGGCCUCGGCCAUCCAGAGACUAGAAGCAAGUCUAGCUAAGGUUGAUGCCUCCCCUGCCUCCUCGCCAGACAUGUCUAGAAAUAUUCAAGGAUCUCUUCCUGUGACUCAACAAAUGACAGAGAUGAGCAUCUCGAGAGAGGACAAACCAGAACCCCUAGAGCCUGUUGUAAACCAGCCUGCUGCUUCUAGCCCUACUCCUGUAGCUUCUUCCAGCAGUGAGGAUAGCAAGGGUGACACCCCCAAACCCAAGAAGAAUAGGUGCUUCAUGUGCCGCAAAAGGGUGGGCCUUACAGGGUUUGACUGUCGCUGUGGCAACCUGUUCUGUGGCAUCCACCGAUAUUCCGACAAGCACAACUGUCCCUAUGAUUACAAAGCCGAGGCUGCCGCCAAGAUCCGUAAGGAGAACCCCGUGGUGGUGGCCGACAAGAUCCAGAGAAUAUAGAUGUGACAAAAAUAACAACAACAACAACAACAACAAUAGCAGCGGCGGCAACGAUGACAACACCUUUUGACAAAGACUGGAGUAUGAGUGUGAACCUUUUGAAAUGAGCACUGGCAUGAGUGGCUAAGUGAGGAUUGAAAGGACUUGAUUUACAAAAUAACAACCUCAAGAAAAUGAUGGAGGGAAAAAAAAGAAGAAAAAACGAAAAGAUCCUGUCUGAGGGAGAUGCAUGAAUGAUCACUUUUCUCCUUUUUUUUUUUUGAUUAAUUCAUUAGUUUGUUUUAUCCUAUUAUCUGUGGUGUGACUUUGCCGCUGUUCAGUCCUUUUUUUUUUUUUUUUCUAAGAAUAUGUAUUGUCUUAUUAAAAGCAGCCCAGGCUAACUGUCCAGGAUACGCUGUGCUCCUCUCACCCUAAAACCAGGCGCCAUUUUGUGCCAAACCAUAGACAACCAUUUUACUCAGACUCUGUCCAGUGUCAGACACCGGCGGGUCUUUUUAAAACAUUCAGACUACACAGUGUAACAGUCCACACGAGUUGUGUCCCUUAACCUUUUUGAACUUCUUGUUCUGUGCUCCAUUGGUACUGGAGUCAGUCAGCGUUUGGAGAACCGUACAACUGUCCCCCACCGUGCACAAGGGGCUUUGUUACCUUGUCUCUGUCUUUCCUAGCUUUACCUACCUCACAGCUGCUGUGUUAAGCUUUGUUGUCUUCCCUUUUUACUUUUUUUGUUUUCAUCAGCUUUGACCCCAGCAGAACAAUGGAUCAUCUUGAUAGUCAGCCUCAGUGACCCUCUGAUCAGCAUGUCUGUGUUGACUUUGAUCGGUUUGAUUGUGAUAAGGCUGUUCCAUUAUGGCUGGAGGUAUCACGCUAGACAGGGACAAACGAAUAACUCCGCGUUUCACUGAAUCUAAACAUUUUCAAUGGACAUAAUGGGUAAAGGAGUCCCCCCCCCCCCCCAACCCCACCCCACCCCCAAACUGGUCUGUGCUCAUAUUGUAAUCACAGACGCCUGGUGUAGGGCUGUGUGUACCGAUGUGUGGCCUGAGAGGAAGGACGGCACCCUUUCCCUGGCAGGCCUGGUAGGUGAAUCUAAGCAACAAUAUUGUAGGGGCAUGAAUGAAUGAAUGGGAUAAAUGCACGAGUUACUCUUCAUCUGCAUUUUUUUUUUUAGUGUUUCAGAAAUCUUUGGCAUCACUCAACUUAGGGUUUCAUUUUAUUUUGCUGAGAGACAAUUAUCUGUUAUAUUUUAUUAGCUUUUUUUUUCUCUCUCUCUCUCUUCCAUCGAUGUCGUACUGAUGUUAGCGCAUGUAUUCAGUGCAUUUGUGGAAUUAGGGGUAUGUGAACCAUGAUUUUGUUUUUGUUUUUAAAUGCGCUAACAGAACGUUCAUGUGAGCAGUGUGAAUGUGAAUCAGUGUGUUUGUGUGUGUGUGUGUUGUCCCCCCCCCCAACACCUUUUUGUCUGUGGAGCUACCCGGUUUAUCAGCACAUGUUUACAGAACUACAGGAGCAUGCCAGAGCUAGAUUUAUGAAAAAUAAUAGAUACCAAGAUUAGAUGUAACUUCUCAUCUGUCUAACAGCUAUUGGUCUGUGUGUCUGCUUUAGAGCACCGUAGAGAAGUGUGUGUGGGUGAGUGUGUGUGUGGGUGUGUGUGUGUGUAUUUGUGCGGGUGCAUGUGUGUGUUUUCAUGGCUGCCUGACACAUUGAAACCAUGUAUGUUUGUGACUUGUGUUAACCCCCCUCUCCCUAUUUUUUCUCCCCCUGUAAGGAUGUGUUUUUCAUUUAAAAGCCAGCUGUAUGUAUCCGUUUGAGUUUUUCCUUUCUGAUUCUUAGUUAUAUGCAAAUUUGUACAAAAAAUGAAAAAACAACAAACUGUGUUGAUAUUUAUGUAUUACAUAUAAUCUUGCUAUCCAGCAUUACGACAGAAUAGUAUCAUGUAAAUAAAACUGUACAGAGAGACAUUACCAAA